AUGUCCACCAGUCUCCCACCUCCUCCGCCGGCCACCACGAAGAGCAACCUCUUCGCCGCUGUGGAUAUGGGCACAAACUCCUUCAAGCUCCUGAUUGUUAGCGCUGAUCCCUACUCCGGCCGCUUCCUCACUCUAAACCGCAUCAAAGAACCCGUACUCCUUGGCCUUGACACUACUACAACCACCGAUAGGUCCACCAUCUCCGCUCCCUCAAUCCACCGUGCAAUCUUCGCCCUCCUGAAGUUUCAGCAAAUUCUUCACUCCCACCGCCUUCCCUCCUCCAAUACCCGCUUCGUAGCCACCUCUGCCGUACGCGAAGCCUCAAACCAGACCCAGUUCCUCGAUUCAGUCCGCGAGACACUUGGACGCCCGAUAGAAUCCCUCUCUGGCAUCGAAGAGGCCAGCCUCAUUUACCUUGGCGUUCUCCAGUUCUAUUCGGUUUUCCACUCUACGGUUCUUACAAUUGAUAUUGGUGGGGGCUCUACUGAAUUCACUGUGGGUUUUAAGGGAAAAGUGCUGUUUUCUAAAUCACUGAAAUUAGGUCAUGUAACUUUAACCCAAAAUUUCACCCCAAUUACGAGAAUGCGAGAACACAUUCAGAAAGAGAUCGAAAAUUCUGGUUUAAUCAAGAAAAUUAAGGAGUUUAAGAUAGAUGUAGUGAUAGGUUCCUCUGGUACAAUCAAGGCAAUUGAGAAAGCUAUUUGUAAAGGGUAUACCAGCAAUGUAGAUGAAAAUGUUGGAGUAUUUGAAGAGUAUUACAAAAGAGAAUGGAGAUUCAGUAGGAAGGAGUUGAAGGAUUUAGUUGAGAGGUUGUGUGAGGAAGAGAGGGAAAUGGGAGGGAGGAGAAGGAGGGAGGGUUUUUUUAAGAGCCGAGCGGGGUUCAUUUUGGCCGGAACAAUUUUAUUGGAUGACAUAUUUGAAAGGCUUGAGAUUGAGGAGAUGGAGGUAUCCGGAUAUGCAUUAGGGGAAGGUGUAAUUACAGAGAUGUUAGGACGAGUUUUUGAGGGAUUUGAUCUGAACGCGAAUGCUCGGUGGAGGUCGGUGGUCAGACUGGCAUCGAGAUUUAAUAAUAAGAAAAGGAUGAAGGCUGCUGCUAUAUGUGUGGGCAUUGCAAGGGAGAUGUUUGAAGGCUUAAGAAAAUAUAAUGAGCUUCAUUACAAUGGUGAUAAUGGCAGCAAUAAAGUUUUAGUACGGUUGGAUGAAGUUGAUCUUGAGUAUCUAGAAGCUGCUUGUUUGCUUCACAAUAUUGGGUUAUGCACUGGCAAGAAGGGUUACCAUAAGCAAUCUUAUCGUGUUAUUAAGAAUGGGGAUCACCUCCAUGGUUAUAAUCAUGAAGAGGUUGAGUUAAUAGCUUUGCUGGUGAGACACCAUAGAAAAAAGUAUCCAAAAUCUAAUUCUCUUGAAGGAUCUACUGAAGAGGUAAAACAGAAAUUUAGAAUCCUCUGUACAAUUAUACGUGUAUCUACAGCAGCGCAGCAAUGCCUUCCGAUGGAUUUUCAGGACAUUGAAUUUACACAUUCUCCUGAAGGUUUUGAAUUGGUACUCAGUGAAGCAAGAUACGAGUCUCUAUCCCCUAAUAAUAUGCAGCCAUUAGCAGGAGACAUCAAUGUCUUACUGGAUAAAGAGUUGGAGCACUUCAGAAUGGUUUUCAAAGAAAGAUUGGCAAUUGUAGUCACAACAAUCAUGUUGAUGACAAAAAAUUCCCGACAAGUAAAAUUUUCCUAUUUUGUCUACAAGGACAUAUUUGAUCCCCUGUUGGCGGAAGUCAAGCCAACAAGAGUGUCGACUGCAAGUUUAUUUGCAAGAAGGGGAAAACGUCCGUCGACGAGCCGGGCACCAGCUGUAGACCCUUUGGAGGACAGAAUUGAGGAACCGUGGGCAGAUAAUUUGGAUGAAAUGGUGGACAGCUUUGAAGAGAUACAAGCUGAUGAAUCGUCGCAGUUGUGGAGUGCUAGAGUUUACGGCCAACGACGUGUGAAGAUGGCUGCAGCUACAUUUCGCAUACGCUAA